AUGGCCGUUCACGAGUUGGACGACAUGGCUCCGGCCGACAACCAGCAACAGCCCAUGCAGAUUCCCGACCAGGGUGAAAGGCAGGACAGACACCGGCCGCGUUCGUCGUGGGCCCAGAUCCUGCUUAUCAGCUUCAUUUGCUUCUGCCUCCCCGGCAUGUACAAUGCGUUGACGGGCCUAGGAGGAUCCGGGCAAGUCGACUCGACCGUCGCCGCCAACGCCACCGUCGCCCUCCUCUCGACGACCGCGGCGACGGCGCUCUUCGUGGUCGGCCCCAUCUUCUCCUGGGUCGGCCCCCGCUGGUGCUUCCUCAUCGGCGGGUGGACCUAUGCCCUGUACAGCGGCAGCCUGCUGGACUUCAACCACCACGCCAACGGCGCCUUCGUCAUCACGGCCGGCGCCAUCCUGGGCGUGGGCGCGUCCUUCAUCUGGAUCGUCCAGGGCGCCAUCAUGACGACGUACGUGGAAGAGUCUCAGAAGGGGCGGGCCAUCGCCGUGUUCUGGGUCAUCUUCAACCUCGGCGGCGGCAUCGGGUCGCUGGCGUCGUUCGGCCUCAACUUCCACUCGACCAAGGGUACCGUGACGGACUCGACCUACAUCGCCCUCAUGGUGAUCAUGAUCUUCGGCUGGCUCCUCGGCUUUUUCAUCUGCUCGCCGUCGAGCAUCCACCUCGCCCAGCUGCACGCCGCCGUCGAGACCGAGAGACACACGGUCCGCGGCAGCAUCGACACCGCUGUGCGCACCAUGAUGAAGUGGCGCGUCGCCUGCAUGCUGCCGCUCUUCUUCUCGGCAAACGUCUUCUACAGCUACCAGCAGAACAACGUCAACGGCCUGACCUUCAACAUCCGCACCCGCUCCCUCAACGGCGCCCUGUACUGGAUCGCCCAGAUGCUCGGCGGCCUCGUCAUCGGCCUCCUCCUCGACCUGCCCUGGCUCGACCGUCCCGCACGCGCCCGCCUCGGCUGGGCCACCGUCUUCGUGUCCGGCAUGGUCAUCUGGGGGGGCGGGUAUUCAUUCCAGAGGUGGGAGGACAACAGGCUGGCCCAGGGCCUGAAGCAGGACAUCGACUACUCGCAGGGGCGCAUCUCGACGGGCCCCAUCUUCCUGUACAUCUUCUACGGCGCCUACGAUGCCCUAUGGCAGGGCUUCUGCUACUGGCUCAUCGGGACAGAGUCGAACAGCGCCAGCCGGUCGGCGAUACUCGUGGGGGCGUAUAAGACGUUCCAAGCGACCGGCGGUGCGAUGGCGUGGAGGGUCAAUGCUCUUCACGUAAGUGGCAUGACCCAGUUGGGGAUGAAUUGGGGAUUGUGCAUCGGGUCGUUGCUCAUCGUGCUGCCGACGGUUUGGACGGUCUCGAAGCAGACGACUGUUGAGGAUGAGGCUGGUUAUACGCCGCCGGAGCCAGAGCAAAAGGCGGUCGAUUAG